GUUUCGUGCCUCAUUGUCUGACACUGAGAGAGAGUUUGCAAAAAGAAUGGACAUGCUUGAAGUGCGUGGAAAAUCAAAGAAGAAUGUGACAGCAUGUAUAUUAUUAACUCCAGAUGUAAAAUCAGCUAUAAAUGUCCUGGUGGAGACAAGAAGUAGUUCAUUGGUAUCAGUUCCAAGAGACAAUCCCUAUCUUUUCUCCAGAUUAAAUGCUCUUACUCCAUUAUCUGGCAGUCGAGCUAUGCAUGAAUUGGUUCGAGAAUGCCCGGGACUGCAGAGGCCUGAAAGGAUAACAACAACCUUAUUGAGAAAAUACAUUGCUACAGUGUCACAGAUUCUUGACAUGACUCAUGGUGAACUAAAAUUGCUUGCAAAGCAUCUGGGACAUGAUGUGAAGACACACAAGGAAUAUUAUCAGUUGUCUUCCAGUACCAUGGAACUCUCAAAGGUUGCCCUGAUGUUGUAUGCUGUUGAAAAUGGUAAAGUCAAUGAGUGGAAGGGAAGGCAGAUGAAGGACAUAGUAGUAGAAGAUUUACCUCUUCCAAUUGAAGACGAAGAUGGCCAUCAAGAAGAGUCCAUGUCAACUGCUGACAGUGAAGAGCCAGGCAGUCUGACCCAUGAUAGGAGGGAGCCAAGUGAAGAGCCAGCCAGUCUGACCCAUGAUAGGAGGGAGCCAAGUGAAGAGCCAGCCAGUCUGACCCAUGAGUCCAUGUCAACUGCUGCCAGUGAAGGGCCAGCCAGUCUGACCCAUGAUGAAAUGAGGCAGCCAAAUCCUCAAGGGACAGGGACAAGAAAAGGAAUGAAACGAAAGUGGGCCAGCGAAGAGAACAUAUGUUUCAUGAACUUUUUUAGAGAUGAAUUAAGAGAAAAAAUAAUGCCAUCUGGCUCAAAAAUAAUGGGGUCCCUAAAAAUACUUACCGGAAGAACAGUGGCCCAGAUAAGGGCAAGGGUCCAUAACAUUAUUAUGAAAAAACAAAAAUGGAAAAAGAAUUGUUGAACUGUGGAAUAUGUUUAUGCCCCUGGUAGGGUGGCAUAUAGCAGUUGAACUGUCCGUCAGUCAGUCAGUCUGUCCAUCUGGCCGAAAACUUAUAUGGCCAUAACUUUUUCAAUAUUGAACAUAGCAACUUGAUAUUUAUACCCCUAUUACAAUUGGUAAUGGGGGCUAUAUAGGAGUCACGUUUGUCGGUCUGUCCCGAUAUUUCAUCCGAUCUUCACCAAACUUGGUCAGUAGUUGUAUGUAGAUAAUGUCUAGGUCAGUUUGAAUAUGGGUCAUGCCAGGUCAAAAACUAGGUCAUGGGGU